AUGACCAAGCUUACAACACACUUACUUCCACCAGAGCAAUAUGGGGGAAGACAAGGUUAUUGUGCUACUGAUGCUGUUUUGGAACUUGUCCAAAGAAUUGAAACUAGUAAAGAAAAAAUUUCAGCUAUGCUCAUUGAUAUUCAAGGAGCUUUUGAUAAUGUUAACAGAAAUAUAUUGGCAGACACAAUGGAGGAUAUGAAGCUACCCAAAGCACUUAUAAACUGGACGUACCAAUUUGUAAGUGAAAGAGAAGCUAGUAUGCUCAUGGACCGAAGAAAAGGAUCAGUGCAAAAAAUUAGUACUGGAAUUCCGCAAGGCUCACCUAUUUCACCACUACUUUUUUUGAUAUAUUCCACACCAAUGUAUCAUGCCAUUAAAGAAUGGGGUGGAACUCCUUUUGGCUUUAUUGAUGAUGUGACUAUUACUGUUGAAGGUAAAAUUGAAGAAAAUACCAAAAGCUUAAGCAACAUAUUAGAAAAAUGUUGUAAUUGGGCUAAAUCAAGAAUGACCAAAAUUGAUUUGGGUGAUAAAUUGGGUUUUAUUCAUUUUACAAAAAAUGGGAAACCUAAAGAUGAGAAAGUGCAACUUACUUUACCUAAUGGAAAACUUCGUGAACCCCAGAAGGAAGUUAAAUUGCUUGGAAUUACUUUGAACAAUCUGCUUGAUUUUAAAUCUCAUAUUUUGAAUAAAAUUAAUAAAGCAAGAAAAGCUGUUGGUGCUAUUUGGCAUCUUGGUGGCGUGCAAAAAGGUAUGCGAGGGUCUGCAGUCAGAUCACUGUAUAUUGCUUGCGUGAGACCAAUUGUUGAAUAUGGCUUAGAAAUUUGGCAUCAUAAAAUCUUGAAAGGAGAAAUCCACAAGUUGGAAGUAAUGCAGAACAUGGCUUUAAGAAGAAUUGUUGGUGCUUAUCGCACAACUCCUAUUGCGGUAUUACAAAAGGAAGCUGGUAUAAUGCCAUAUAGUAUUAGGCUAAAAUUUAUGGUGGCACGAAAAGCUAUUCGUUUACACCUAAAUAUUAGCAAAACUAAUCCUAUUAAUGGUCAUUUGUUAACAUUGAUUGAGAAAUCUCCAAUUGCAAAGCUAACCACGCUUUACAUGUUGGCGAAAGAUGAUAGAGACUAUAUGAUUAAAAAGGAUGAAAAACGAAAAUGCAAGAGGGUUGAACCUCUUACACUGAAGCAACAACAAAAUCAGACAAUUGGAAUUUUGAAGAAACAAGCAAUGGAAGAAUGGCAAGAAAUGUAUUGGAACAGCAGUAAGGAUCUGUGGUAUCAUAAUAUCACAGUGGAGUCGAAAUGUACUGAUAAUCUUUCCAAAAUGGUUACGGGAGUGAUCAUGAAGAAAGAUAGUCGAAGGAUUUUGAGUAACCUUACUCAUUUUUGCACAGGCAAUGGCAACUUUGGCGCAUGGUUUAAAAGUGUCAAAAUUGAAACCCACAGUAUGGCGGUUUAG